AUGUCGUCGGCGUCGGCGUCCAGGACCCGGCGGGGCGGGAGCCUGCAGUUCCCGGUGGGGCGGUGGCGCCACGUGGCGGUGGUCGACGCCGGGUGCGGCUGCCGCCCGCGCCGGGCUACCUCGCGCCUGCUUAGCCAGCUGCCCUCCUUCCUCCGCCCCUCGCCCAAGCCCCCGCAGCAGCCGCCGCGGAGCAGCUCCCGCUCCUCGUCGGGCUUCUUCCCGUCCUCGGCCUCCACCGCCUCCUCCUCCGCCGCCACCUUCACCACCACCCACUCCUCCUACUCCAACUACUCCGCCUACUCCUACUCGGGCGCCGCCUACACUGCCGCCACCACCAAGAGCAAGAAGCAGCACGACCCGCCGGCGUCGACCAAGGCGCUGCCGCCUGCUUCGUCCUCCCACGUGGCGGCGUCCAGGAGGAGGCAGCAGGGCAGGAGGAAGAAGAGGUACGAGAAGAUGGGCGCCGCAGCAGGACAGGAGGAGGACGACGUCGGCGUGGCCGUGGAGAAGGAGUCCUCCGACCCGCGCGCCGACUUCCGGGAGAGCAUGGUGCAGAUGGUGGUCGAGAUGGGGCUGUGCGGCUGGGACGACCUCCGCUGCAUGCUCCGCCGCCUGCUGGCCCUCAACGCCCCGCGCCACCACGCCGCCAUCCUCGCCGCCUUCGCCGAGGUCUGCGCGCAGCUCACCGCGCCCCCGCCCCCGCCCCCGCCCCCGCCCCCGCCGCACCCGGCGUACCACGCCUACGACUACCACUACCACUACUGA